AUGAAGGGGCUUCUCUCAUUGCUCAUUGUAGGAGCUGGCAAUGUUUUGGCGGCUACCCAUGGACCACGCCCUUUGGCUGGGGAUAUGCUGAGUGACAGGUACAAGAACUCUUUGGAAGAUACCAGAUCGGCUGUACCAAGAGAUAAGAUAUACCAUCCAUCCGGCACUCGCAUGGAACGGAAAAGAAAGCCUGAUGAGACGUGGGACAAUUUCAUUCGCGGAAGUGAUGUUAAAGUUAGUUGGAUAGGUGGUAAAGGAGAGGAGCCUUCUGAUAUCGGAGAGUAUGAGAUGAGAUCCAAGACCGUGGACCCAAGCACGCUGGGUGUCGAUGACGUUAAGCAAUUAAGCGGUUACCUUGACAACAACAAGGACGGCCAGCAUCUUUUCUUUUGGUUCUUUGAAUCUCGAAAUGAUCCGAAAAACGACCCCGUUGUACUUUGGCUGAACGGUGGCCCAGGAUGCUCUUCCAUGACUGGCUUAUUCAUGGAGUUGGGACCAGCUAGACUCAACAAGGACCUGAAAGUCGUCCGCAAUGAUCACUCAUGGACCAACAACGCUUCUAUUAUUUUCUUAGACCAGCCUGUGGGUGUUGGGUUUUCAUAUGGUAAAGAAAUUCCUAUCGGUACUCGCGCAGCUUCGAAGGAUGUCUUCGCUUUUUUGUCCAUGUUCUUUCAGCAAUACCCUCAAUACGGCAAGCAGGACUUCCAUAUCGCCGGAGAGUCUUACGCUGGUCACUACAUCCCAGUGUUUGCAUCUGACAUCCUCAAGCAAAAAUCCAACAUCAAUUUAAAAUCUCUCCUUAUUGGAAACGGCAUCGUCGACCCAGCCACCCAGCACCCAUUCUACAUACCAAUGGCCUGCGGAAAGGGAGGCUAUCCAGCUGUCGUGGAUCAGGCCACCUGCAACAAAAUGCAGUCCGCUGUUCCUAAAUGCCAAAGACAAACCAGGGCUUGCUACAAAAAUCCCCAGAACCGUGCUCUCUGUUCCGAUGGCUCUGUGUUUUGCGAGGAUGCUUUAGUCAAACCAGUCUCAAAUGCUGGAGUCAAUAUCUACGAUCUACGUAAUCCCUGUGAAGAAGGCAGUAGUGAAUGCUACGCCAUCCUUGACUGGAUCGAAAAGUACCUCGACCAAGAUGAGGUUACGGAGGCUCUCGGCGUCAGCGAUCAAGUCCCAUAUUACCGAGGUUGCAGCGGAACAGUCAGCCGCCGCUUUUGGGCCAAUGGAGACUUCAACCAGCCUUACCACCACCUGAUGCCUGGGAUUUUGGACAAAAUCCCGGUUCUCAUCUACGCCGGUGAUGCUGACUAUAUCUGCAACUGGCUCGGCUGCAUGGCCUGGACCGACGCUCUCAUGUGGAAGGGUCACCUUGGAUUCAAGCACCAGAAACUCGAGAAGGUCAACCAUAGCGUUACAGGAAAAGCAUUUGGGGAGGUCAAGCACCAUAAAGGUCUUGCUUUCCUCCGCGUUUACGGUGCUGGCCACCUGGUUCCAUAUGACCAGCCUGAGAAUUCCUUGGACUUCUUCAUCCGCUGGAUCAAGAAAGAGUGGACUUCAUAG